AUGGCUUGUUGCCCGACUGAAGAGAAAUAUGGCUACGAAGAUAGCCGAUUUGAAAAAGAUGUCGACCAGCACUUUCAUUGUUCAAUCUGUUACAAUGUUUUUAAAGAACCGAGGAUGUGUAGGAAUAAUGAACACGUCUUUUGUCUUGCCUGCAUCAGUGAACAUUUGAAGGUAAAUUCUCAAACCUGUCCUGAAUGUAGCGAACAUUUGAGUGUAGACACGCUUCGUCGGCCGCGGGUGUUGAGUAAUUAUUUGUCGAAGCUGAAGAUCAACUGUGACUAUGCCAGUCGGGGAUGUCCUGAGUUUACCUGUGUUGAAGAUCUCAAAGCUCAUGUUGCAAGUUGUGGUUUUGCGCCUGUGUUUUGUUCAAAUGAAAAUUGUGGCAUGGAGAUUAACAAGCAAGAGAAGGACCAUCAUGAGACUGUGGUUUGUGAAUAUAGGAAAACGAACUGUCAUGACUGUGGACAGAUACAGGAAGUUGUGGGAAGAUUGGAAGGAAGUUUGGUGGCACUGGAUGGAAACGUGGAAGCAGCGAAUGAAAAGAUGGAGAAAAAUCAUGCAGACAUGAAAAAGAUUGUUGGGAAAAUUGGAAGGAAGUUUAGUGCAAAUGAAUAA